AUGGGCAGCAACCCCGUUUCCAAGUACCGCAUCGUAGUCGGAUGCGACGAGGCUGGCAUCAAGUACAAGGACACAAUCAAGGCAGACUUCGAAAAGGACGCUCGCGUUGAGUUCGUCGAGGAUGUUGGAAGCCACGAUGGCGCAGACAAGACGGCAUACCCUCAUAGAGCCGCCGCCGCCGCGCAAAUGGUAGCCGACGGCAAGGCCGACCGCGCGCUGCUCAUCUGCGGCACGGGGCUCGGCAUGGCCAUUGCUGCCAACAAGAUCAAGGGCAUCCGCGCUGUAACAGCACACGACAGUUUCAGCGUCGAGCGUUCAAUUCUGAGCAACGACGCGCAGGUGCUGUGCAUGGGUGAGAGAGUCAUUGGUUUGGAACUCGCAAGACGACUAGCGAAGGACUGGCUUGGGUACACAUUCGACCCUACGAGCAACAGUGCGGAAAAGGUUCACGUCAUCAAGAGUCUGGAGGCUACAGCAUGA